AUGUAUUCGCUGGGCCUCCCGAAUCUUCCUCACACUUACAGAUCAGACCGACAGAGAUUGUUUGUUGAGGAAGACCGCACAUACGUAACACUCAGAGACGAGAAGAGCCACUGUUUGCUCCUUAGUUUAAGAGAAAAAGGUGUUUACCAAUAUCUUCCCAUCCUGGUCUCCACGUCUCAAUACAUUCUAGUUGAAGAUGAGGUAGAAUACGCGGAUGAAAUCGCAUGCAACCUGACCUCAUCAACGCUGAAGUCUGCUAAUUCCAUUCGAGCAAUUGUAGUUGAUGACCCUGCAUACAGCUCCUUUAUCGCUAGCCCCACUGAGGAACCAAAUAGCUCUCUGCAAAAGAACUUUGCUAAGAGUAUCACAUACCACGCCGUCUACAGCAUCAAUCCCACCAAUCUUAUAUUGAUUCUUUACUCCCGCCUCUCCCUUGAUGUGCAGUUCUAUCACAUUAUUUUGAAGAAGAAACUGAUUAUCAAGGAAUAUACGCGGAUUCUACCCAAUGCAGUGUCAGUCUCUGCUGUUGUCGAAACAAUGAAGGUGGAUAACCAGAUUUUCAUAGGGGCGUACGACCGGCUAUACAGUCUCACAUUCCCUAGACUAAAGGGUCGCGAGCUUCACAUGUUUAUUGAGCCUCCAGAAAUAAAUCUGGUUCUAUUUGGCAGGCUUAUCUCUGGCUACAAACUUAGUAUAAACUUUAUCCCCACAAAUGCAGUGGUUGGACAGCCUAGCAAAGAGAAUUGUGGGCCUGAUCUUCCCAGGGAGUCCACGCAGAAGAGCCAACGCAGUGCUGUAGAUGGAGAGCUUCUCAAUUGCGACGUGGAGCGAUUACCCACGCCUUCCGAGAGUGCUAUGCUCGCCGCUGAUCAGCACCAGGACAAUUACAAUCCAGUAACUCUGAUUAGCACGAACAACGCCGCAACCAUGGAUCUUGCUGACUUCGGUGCUGUCCCAGACACUCUGGGAGUGGAGGAGGUUAGAGCUGCGUUGCAGAGGGGCAGUGAGGGAGGGCUGCACCGAUUUCCAUCCAAGGCAGACACUGUGGUCACCCCAUUUAAUGUGCAGGACACAGAGCACGGUACUAACAUAUAUCCCAAUAGUACCGAUCAUCCUACACGCGCAGUCGCCUGCUCUUCUUAUAGUGAUGAGGCUAACGCAUACAUGCGUAAUCAGCUACAAAGCAUGGUGAGUGCCUCCACGGCGUGUGUGGUAUUGAUUGGUGGGGUUGUGCGCGCUAACGGAAGAAAGUACAACAACAAGCGCAUACUAUACAUACCGAUAAGCAACAUGAAUAACUGGGUUUAUCAGACGCUGGGGGAAUCGAAAGCCAUAUGGCAGGACUGGGACAUUUCCUUCUUGGAGCGGGAAAAGAUAAUAGCAUUUGGGGGGCGGCGGCGACGCCUCUCAUCCGACCUUCGAGUGAUCGACCUAUCGAAGGGUACUGUGUACGUAUGUAGUCCACUCUAUGGGUGUUUGGUUACUCCGAGAAGAAAGGCAUCAAUCUUCCUUUUCUACGAUAAGGGGGUUCGGAAACUGCGAAUAGAGUCGGGCUGUACUCAAACAGAAGUAUUACGAGAUGUGGCGGAGCUUGUUUUGCCGAUGUGA